CACAUAUGUUUGCCAUUGUUGCGACGAAAUUAAAUGCAGUGUGAGGUACAGCUAUUUGGAUAUUAGAAAUAAAUACAUUUUGUAACACUGGAUACGUGGGGGAAAACCCCGAAUAACUAAAAUGAGAGUUGGUAGUGUCUCUUACCUGCUAUUGUUUUCUAAUCUAAUCACCAUCACCAUCGCAAGAUGUUCACCAACUUUUGAAUCGUGCCCUUGUGGUAAAACUGGCACUGACGUCGAUAUUAAAAUCAUAAGAUGCAGUACAUUUAUGCGUGGUGUACCAUGCAGACCGUGUACGCGGUACAGCCGUUCUCAACUUUGUUCCGGUUUUGAGAAUUGUACAAACUGUGAAGAUCGACAAGCCGGUGGUUGCACAGAGUGUGGUCCCAAUAAAUAUGGGAGGUUUUGUGAAAAAGAUUGUGGGUGUUUAAAUGGUGGGACUUGUACGAAAUUAGGCAGCUGUACUUGUAAAUCUGGAUAUGUUGGAGAUCAUUGUCAGGCUAAAAAAGUUUUGGAUUGUGGACAACCUACAGAACCAAUAUAUGGUAAUAUGGUAGUCACAAAUACAACAGAAGGUGGAGUUGCGACGUAUAGCUGUCCUGAAAAUCAUCUACUCUAUGGUCCUAAAAAACGCACCUGUUCAGACACUGGACAAUGGUCAGGAUCUACACCCACAUGUGAAUAUACUUGUCCAGUUCAACAACCAUCAGACCACAUGAUUAUGGAUAUUGACUAUUUAUCAUUCAAACUGGGUGACUUCAGUAGCGAUAUAGAGAUAGUACGAACUGCCAAUUUCCGAUGUGAAGAAGGAUUCAGUUUGGUAGGACAUGACACAUUAAACUGUUUACCAGGGGGUAUAUGGAAUGGAAAACAACCAAAGUGUGUUCAGGGUUGUCCAAAGCCACCUAGUGUAGACCAUGGUGAUAUGAUUGGUUCUCAUUUCAUUCAGGGAUCAAAAGUUCAAUUUAAAUGUCACCAAACUUAUAGAUUAAAUGGCGCUGAUAUUAUUAUAUGUGACAAAGGAAUCUGGGAUAAUCCUUUUCCAAUAUGUGAUCCGGAACCCCGAUGUCCAGAAGUAAAUAUUCCGUAUGGUGAAGUCCAUUAUAAAGGGAAUCGUAUGAUUGGUACAGAAGCCAUCAUUUUAUGUGAUUUUGAUGGCAUCCUCGAUGAAAAGGAAGUAAGAAUUUGUGAAGAUAAUGAUGAAACUGGUAUAAGAAAUUGGUCAGGAGAAGACGAAUUUUGUGUUUGGGAAUACCAGGAAGAUAAUGAUAAUAAAUGCUAUCAUAAUGAACUUGAAAAUGGCUUUCUGAAAACUACAGUUAAUGGGUCGUUAGAAAAAAAUGACAGGGAUAAAAAUGGAUUUGUUCACAGUGACAGGAUACUAUAUGAAUGUGAUGAUGGAUAUUAUCUGAAGGGUGAAAGGGAAAAUUUUUGUGUUGAUGGGAAAUUGACAAAAGAAAUACCAUUGUGCAUAAAUGUUAUCACUUGUCCGAACCUAGUAGCACCUAAAGGAUGUAGUAGAUGUUUUGGAAAACACUGUUCUACUUCUUUGAAACCAAUUGCUGAUUGUGUACCAAGGAUUUCUGAUGUGCAUAUACCAAAUGAUCUCUUCCCAAAUGGAACUGUCAUAGAAUUUAUUAACGAUCCAGUUUUAUAUAGUUUAUCUGGAUCAAGACGUCGCACUUGUCAAAAUGAUGGUAAAUGGUCAGGUCCCGAGACAGUCUGUGAGCAAAAGUGCGGUAAGCCGUCCAGUUCUGUUUUGGUACGAAAUAAACAGGGAAUUCCUGUAAGAGGUCAGUGGCCGUGGCAGGCCAGUAUAUAUUGGAAAACUGAUGGUCACUUAGAACUUAAGUGUGGAGGAUUUCUGAUAUAUGAUGAAUGGAUUGUUACAGAUGCUCAUUGUGUCACAAAUGCGAAAAGCGAAAAUCCAAAGGACGAAGACGUUAUCGUAAGUUUAGGUCACGUAGAAAAACAAGAUGUAAAGGCACCAGACUUACAGGUUAACACAAUUUAUCCCCACCCAGACUAUGAUUUUGAAACAUAUGAGUCGGACAUUGCAUUGAUUAAAUUAAAGAAAACUGUGAAAUUUAACAGAUGGAUCCGUCCAGUUUGUCUUCCAAAGAGCUACAAUGCAAGUUCCAAUAUGACAGGUGUUGAGGGCGUAUUCACUGGUUGGGGUGGCAGAUUACCACACCUGAAAAUGACUAAAGUCCGCAUCAUUGGUCAAGAAGUUUGUAGACAGUUUUAUAAAGAACGGAAAAUUGAUCUGGCAAGUGAUAAUCAAUUCUGUGCAAGGGUAGUAGUGAGUAAUCGAUCUGAUGCCUGUAGGGGUGAUUCUGGUGGACCUUUAGUGAUACAAGACAAAGAAGGAAGGUGGCAAGCUAUUGGAAUGGUCAGCUGGGGAACAGGUGCAUGUAAUAGUACAUCAGGAGAUGUGGAUGUUUAUACACGUAUACAGAAUUUUAUUAAAUGGAUCGGGCAUAUUACUGGCAAAGAAGCACCACCAUGACAAUACAAAUAGAAGGGACAAACCUCUGGAUAAUCCUUUUUAGUCUGUACAUCAUGUAAAAAAGGAUAUUGGUUCUUCUGAAGUUAAUAAUAUACUUUUUACAAUAUAAAAUUUUGAGCAUUGGAUCUGCACUAAUAUACAUAUUGUUUUCUUGACUGAUGCAAAAACUCGGUGAAACAUGGAUGAUCAACUCUCAAUUACAAAAGGGCUUCUCUGUAUUCUAACCAAACAGUACCAUUAAUUCUCCACCCCCCCCCCCCCUACUGUGCAAAUCAACUGUGUGACUCAUGGAUAAAAAAAAUAUAAACAAAAAAAAAAUGAAGUAGUGUGUAGCCCAAAUAAAAUAUUUAUUUCCUGAACAAUACAACAGUAAAUAUCGCCAUAUAAAUUAUCAAUCUAAUGUAACAUUGUCAUAGCUUUUACAAAAUAAAAUAUAUAAUACUAUAAAA